GAAGUCCURUUUCUUGUGUGCGYUGUUUAUGUUCAUCGUACUGAUUGGGGAACACUCCAUCAGGGCAAACUCAGGGGAAAGACACGAAGAAGACACGGCGCACCAAAGCGGAGAGAAGAGAGAUGACGGGUUUCAAUCCACAGGCCCAGAGGACGAAUCUGAUAUUCCAGACGAGCCCGAAGAAGAUCCCGACAUGGGAAAUGACAAUGAAAUGGAUGAUGAAAUAACUUCUGGAAGUGGAAAUGAUCGGUCAAAACCCGUACCACCAUCAGUUGGAAGUGGAAGUGAUCGCCCCGCAGCACKUCCACAACAACCAGUUCCAGGGCCAGUGCCAACGCCAACGCCAACGCCAACAAAAAAACCAAUCAUAUUUGAUGCCUCAGCUUCACAACAUGCCCCAAAAGCAUCACAAGAUAGCCAAGAAAGUGGUUCAGCUAAAUCAGCAGCAACAGUUUAAUAAUGGACUCGGCAAAAGAGAUGGAAUUGAGCAAAUAAACGAAGCAAAUGUAUAAAUUGCUGAUAAAUAAAGUACAUUACAAUUACAAAGUACACUGCAUUUGAAAAUAAUUUAUUAAAAUGACGAAAAAAUGA